AGCAGCAGCAGCAGCAGCCCCGCCUCGCGACGCUCACCGCUGGCUGCUUCUCCUCCGACACAACCCACAUCUGGCUGUCACACACUCACACACACUCACACACACACAUUACAGAGCUGCUACGCCGUCCGGUACUGCGGCAUGCUCACAUUCACCCCGGGACACACAGAGUGGAUUUACAAAGAAGAGGAGCACCAUGUCUGAGGUGCGGAAAUUCACCAAGAGGUUAAGCAAACCCGGGACUGCUGCGGAGGUGAGGCAGAGCGUGUCUGAGGCGGUGAGGACCCCGUUGGACCUGGUGGAGCAACCAAAGAUCAUCGAACCUCUGGACUAUGAGAACGUGGUGUUUCAGAGAAAGGCGCAGAUCCACAGUGACCCCCAUCGAGACCUGCUGCUGUGCCCGGUCGACGAUGUCUCGGAGUCCCAGAUCUCCCGGCAGAGGAGGACUGUGGUUCCCUCUGUGCCUCAAAAUGCGGAGCGGGAAGCCAGGAGUCUGUUUGCCAAAGAGUGCAUCAAGAUGUACAACACCGACUGGCAUGUGAUCAACUACAAAUAUGAGGCUUACUCUGGUGACUUCCGCAUGCUGCCAAGCAAAGGCCUGAAGACGGACAAGCUGCCAGCUCACGUGUUCGAGGUCGAUGAAGACGCCAAAGACGAGGACACUUCGUCUCUGUGCUCCCAGAGGGGCGGCAUCAUGAAGCAGGGCUGGCUUCAGAAAGCCAACAUCAACAGCAGCCUGUCCGUCUCCAUGAGGGUGUUCAAAAGGAGGUACUUUUACCUGUCUCAGCUCCCCGACGGCUCCUACAUCCUCAACUCCUACAAGGAUGAGAAGAACUGCAAGGACACCAAAGGAUCCAUCUACCUGGACUCGUGCAUAGAUGUUGUUCAGAGCCCUAAGAUGCGGCGUAAUGGCUUCGAGCUGAAAAUGCAAGACCGCUACAGCCACUUCCUGGCCGCAGACAGCGAAGCAGAGAUGGAGGACUGGGUGAUCACGCUGAAACAAGCCCUGCAGAGCAGCACUGAGACCAGCAGCCAGGACCGGAGGAAUGGUGCAGAGACACUGGACUGCUCCCUGGAUGACGACACCACCAGCCAAGGGAAAGGUGAGAGUCUGCUGGAGAGCCUGGGGAGGAGCUUACAACCUGAACUCAUGAAGUAUGCCAGGGAGACGGACCAGCUCAAUAAGCUCAACAGGAAUGAAGGCAGACAAAAGCUCUUCUCUCUGGAUCCUGAGACUCAGAGGCUGGACUUCUCGGGUAUCGAGCCAGACGUGAAGCCUUUCGAGGAGCGGUUUGGCCGUCGCAUCGUGGUCAGCUGUCACGACUUGACCUUCAGUCUGCAGGGCUGUGUCAGUGAGAAGGGGGACAGCGUCCUCACAAAUGUGGAACCAUUCUUCAUUAGCCUCGCACUUUUCGACGUCUCCAAGAGCUGCAAAAUCUCAGCCGACUUCCACGUCGACCUCAACCCGCCCUGCGUCAGGGACAUGCUGACCGACACCUCAGGCCAGCUCUCUCCUUCAUCCGACUCUGAUGGUGGAGGAGGAGGAGCGAGGGAGGGAGGAGGAGGAGGAGGAGUUGGAGUCAUGGUGAACGGAGACUCAGGGAAAGGAAACGGCCUGCCGGUUCUUCAGAGGGUGUCGGAGGCUCUGCUGCGCUUCCCCACACAGGGCAUCUUUUCAGUGACCAACCCCCACGCUGAUAUCUUCUUGGUUGCCCGUGUGGAGAAGGUGCUCCAGAAUGGCAUCACUCACUGCGCCGAGCCGUACAUCAAGACCUCUGACAUCAACAAGGUCCACCGCCUUUCGCUUUUUCAGACCCAGCUAGAGAUGCAAACAGCAACCGCCCAGAAGGUGCUCAAAGCUGCCAAGCAGACAUGCCAACGCUUGGGCCAGUACAGGAUGCCAUUUGCCUGGGCUGCCAAGCAAGUGUUCAAAGACGCUCAGGGCAGCCUGGACAUGGACGGGAAGUUCUCUCCUCUCUACCGCCAGGACAGCAGCAAGAUCUCCAACGAUGACAUCAUGAAGCUGCUGGCCGACAUCAGGAAACCUGAGAAGAGCAAACUUCAGAGCAUCCCUGGACAACUGAACGUCACAAUUGAGUGUGUCCCACCUGACAUCUCAAACACGGUGACUUCUACGUAUGUUCCUGUGAAGCCCUUUGAGGACGGCUGUGAGCGGGUCUCAGUGGAGGUGGAGGAGUUUCUCCCCGAGGAGGCCAAGUACAAUUACCCCUUCACCACCUACAAGAACCAGCUCUACAUCUACCCCCAGCUGCUCAAGUACGACAACCAGAAAUCCUUCACCAAGGCGAGAAACAUUGCAGUGUGCAUCCAGUUUCGAGAUUCAGAUGAAGAAGGUUCAACACCUCUAAAGUGCAUCUACGGCAAGCCUGGAGACUCACUCUUCACCAGCAGCACCUACGCGGCCGUCCUGCACCACAACCAGAGCCCUGAGUUCUACGACGAGGUUAAGAUUGAGCUCCCGGUCCACGUGCACGACAAACACCACAUCCUCUUCACCUUUUACCACAUCAGCUGUGAGUCCAGCAGUAAGGCCAGCAGCAAGAAGAGAGAGGGAGUCGAGUCACUGGUGGGUUACUCCUGGAUGCCUUUGCUCAAAGAUGGACGGAUGCAAUCAGCGGAGCUCCAGCUGCCUGUAGCAGCCACCCUGCCUCCUGGAUAUCUGCUCCAGGACACCAAGAAGUCCCAACCUGACAUCAAGUGGGUGGAGAAUGCAAAGACCCUGUUCAAAGUGAGGACACAUGUAGCAUCAACAAUAUACGCUCAGGAUCUGCAUCUCCACAAAUUCUUCCAGCACUGCCAGCUGAUGAGGGCAACAUCAGAGGGGAACCAAGCAGAACUCAUCAAAUACCUGAAGUGCCUGCAUGCCAUGGAGACUCAUGUCAUCAUCAACUUCCUGCCUGUGGUGCUGAUGCAGCUGUUUGAGGUGCUCACAGGAGCAACCAAAGAAUCCCAUGAGACUGCUGUCAACUCACUGCGAGUGAUCAUACAUAUAGUCUCCAGAUGUCACGAGGAGAGCCUGGAGCAUUACCUGCGCUCUUUCGUUAAGUACGUGUUUGUGACCAACAACCCUGCAUCAGGAAACGCAGCGACCACUCAUGAGGUGCUUGCCACCGCUGUAACCGCCACGCUCAAGCAAACAGCUGAUUUCAACACCAGCAACAAACUGCUCAAGUACUCCUGGUUCUUCUUUGAAAUCAUGGCCAAAUCCAUGGCCCAGUACCUGCAGGAGGGAAACCGCAUGAAGAUGCCUCGGGCUCAACGCUUCCCUGACAGUUUCCAUCAGGCGCUGCAGUCCUUGGUGCUAUCCAUCAUGCCACACAUCACCAUCCGCCACAUGGAAAUCCCAGAGGAAGCGCGCUGCAUCAACCUGAGUCUGGCCAAUUUCAUCAAGAGGUGCCUGACCUUCAUGAACAGGGGUUUCGCCUUCGGCCUGGUCAACCACUACAUGUGUCAUUUUGGUCUGAAAGAUCCCAAGGUGCUGACAGAAAUGAAGUUUGAGUUUCUGAUGACAGUUUGCAACCACGAGCACUUCAUCCCUCUCAACCUGCCCAUGGCGUUCGGGCGCACAAAGCUGCAGAGGGUGCAAGAUUUUAUUCCGUAUGCGACGGAGCUUUUUGGCCCUGUAGAGCAGAGUCUGGAGUUCAGUCUGACUGAGGAUUACUGCCGCAACCACUUCCUGGUGGGUCUGUUGAUGAGAGAGGUGGCAGAGGCCUUGCAGCAAGGGCCCGACGUCCGACAGCUGGCAGUGAGCGUUCUCAAGAACCUCCUCAUCAAGCAUGCCAUGGACGACCGCUACGCUGUGUAUAAGAACCAGCAGGCUAGGAUCUGUUUGCUCUACCUGCCGCUGUUUGAGCUGCUGUACCAGAACUUGAAGCAGCUGUCUGCCCAGCCUUACAACUCCAGCCCAGGGCUCGGCCUCAAUGGCUCCAGAGACGACCUGAUCUCUACCAGCUCAGUGGACAGCAGGAGAAUCAGCACCGCAAUAGAGAGAGACCAUGGUCUUCCCGCUCAGAACGGCCAUGUUGUAAGGAGAGAGGACUCCAGAGGCUCUCUGUUUAUGGACUCGGCAACACCAGACAGCAUUGAGCUGCAGAGACGAUGCUCCACCAUGAGCAGCAGCCCCAUGCCUCCCAUAGGCAGACUGGGACAUUAUGAGAUCAAAGGAAUCCUGCUGUCCUCCCUGCACAUCAUCAAGACCAUGUCAGAGGAUACGCUCAGUGCCUACUGGAACAAAGUCAGCCCUCAGGACGUUAUGAAUUUCCUCAGUUUCCUGGAGAUCUGCCUGGUUCAGUUUCGUUACAUUGGGAAAAGGAACAUUGGCCGGAGUCAGGAUGUGUGCAUGUCCAAGCUAUUCUCCUCAGACAGGAAGUCUCAGACGAUGCCGGCAAUUCGCUGCAACCGAGCCAGCUUCAUGCAGACCAAGAUGCACCAGUUCAGCACCAUGGAGGCCUCCCUCACUUUGAAUAUAGGGAAUGGUCCAUCAGAAGCAGAAAUUCACCAUCAGGCGCUGCUGGAGGGAAACAUCUCCACUGAAGUCUGCCUCAGUGUGCUGGACGUCCUCUCCCUUUUCACUCAGUGUUUCAAGACCCAGCUGCUGGACAGCGACGGUCACAAUCCUCUGAUGAAGAAGGUGUUUGACGUUUACCUGACCUUCCUCAAAGUUGGCCAAUCGGAGGUUGCCCUCAGACACGUCUUCUCUGCGCUCAGGUCGUUCAUAAACAAGUUCCCGUCGGUGCUGUUCAAAGGCCGGGUGACGCUGUGCGAGGCUCUGUGCUGCGAGGGGCUCAAGUGCUGCGUCUCCAAGCUGGGGUCUCUGAGGGCCGAGGCAUCGGCGCUGCUCUACCUGCUGAUGAGAAACAACUACGAGUACACCAAGAGGAAGACUUUCCUUCGCACACAUCUGCAGAUCAUCAUUGCUGUAAGCCAGCUGAUCUCUGACGUGGCGCUGACCGGCAGUUCUCGUUUCCAGGAAUCUCUGUCUAUCAUCAACAACUUUGCAAACAGUGACAAAGCCAUGAAGUCUACAGCAUUCCCCUCUGAAGUGAAGGGUCUCACCAAGCGGAUCCGCACAGUGCUGAUGGCCACAGCCCAGAUGAGAGAGCAUGAGAAGGACCCAGAGAUGCUGCUGGACCUCCAGUACAGCCUGGCUCGGUCCUACGCCAGCACCCCCGAGCUGAGACGCACCUGGCUGGACAGCAUGGCCCGAGCACACCUGAAGAACGGAGAUCUCUCGGAGGCUGCCAUGUGCUACGUUCAUGUGGCUGCGCUCGUAGCUGAAUACCUGCACAGGAAAAAGUUGUUCCCCAGUGGCCUCGCAGCUUUCAAGAGGAUCACCUUCAAUAUCGAAGAAGAAGCCGCCAUGAAGGAAGACACCGGGAUGCAAGAUGUCUAUUACACUGAGGAGGUCUUAGUAGAGCACCUGGAGGUCUGUGGGGAUGCGCUGUGGAAAGCCGAACGCUACGAGCUCAUCACACACAUCGCCAAACUUAUCAUCCCCAUUUACGAGAAGCGUCACGAGUAUGAGAAACUCAGCCGACUGUACGAGACUCUGCACAGAGCCUACAAUAAGAUCAUGGAGGUGACUCAGUCGGGCCGCAGGCUGCUGGGGACCUACUUCAGAGUGGCUUUUUAUGGACAGGGCUUCUUUGAGGAGGAGGAUGGGAAGGAGUACAUCUACAAAGAGCCAAAACUCACAGGCCUCUCAGAGAUCUCUCAACGGCUGCUCACGCUCUACGGGGAAAAGUUCGGGCCAGAAAACGUCAAAAUAAUUCAGGACUCUAACAAGGUUAUCACCAAAGACCUGGACCCCAAGUUCGCCCACAUCCAGGUGACGUUUGUCAAGCCUUUCUUUGAGGAGAAGGAGGCCCCUGAGAAGAAGACAGACUUUGAGAAGUGCCACAACAUCAGCCACUUCGUGUUCGAGACGCCUUACACGCUGUCGGGCAAGAAACACGGCGGGGUGGAGGAGCAGUGCAAGAGGAAGACUGUGCUCACAACUGCCAACACAUUCCCGUACGUGAAGAAACGCAUUGAAGUGGUGAGGGAGAGGCAAGUGGAGCUGAAGCCGGUGGACGUAGCCAUAGACGAGAUGAAGGCUCGGACGGCAGAGCUGACCAAACUGUGCUCCAGCCAGGAGGUGGACAUGAUCCAGCUGCAGCUCAAACUGCAGGGCUGCGUCUCUGUGCAGGUAAACGCAGGACCCAUGGCCUAUGCUAGAGCAUUCCUGGAUGACAGUAAACCCAACCAGUCCGGCAACAAGAAAGUCAAAGACCUGAAAGACAUCUUCAGGCGUUUUGUUGAGGCGUGCAGCAUGGCUCUGGACAUAAACGAGCGUCUGAUCAAAGAGGACCAGUUUGAAUACCACGAGGGCCUGAAGGGCAACUUCAAAGAAAUGGUUAAGGAGUUGUCUGAGAUCAUUCACGAGCAGAUCUACCAGGAGGACCUGAUGCGCUCGCUCCUGCAAAACUCCCUCCAUGUGUUUCGUGCCAUCAGUGGGACGUCCACCGACCUGGGCUGACCUCCUCUGCAUCCAUAGCUCCUAAACCUGAACUGAAAGACUAUUUGUUUCAUGUCUUCCUGGUUCCCCUUGCCAAAACACCACCCUUCCCUUGGCAACUCUGCCUUAUCGCUGUGUUCAAAGCCAAUGCUUAUUGUCCCCCGGUCUGUCGACUGAGAGCAGACGGAUAUAAUACUAAAACCCCAGCAGCAGUAUUUUGGAGAAUGUAUCUCAGCAACACCGACUAAAUGUCAGCAUGUCAGGUUUCGGUGUUAUGCUGAGUCAUGCUAGGUUGUAUUGCACUUUUUCUUCUGCCUUUGCGAUGAAUGACAGGAUUUACUGUCAAGAGGGAGAAACUCAUCUCAAGCAAUUUUUACUUCAGCCGUUCUCUCUCUGCAAAGUUUCCCUGUAGAACUAUGCAGGAACCUCACUCCCCCCUGAAUGGAUUUAUACCACAUGAGCUGACUUCUAGGACACAGAUGUGUUGCAAUGUCUUGCUUGGGCAGGCUUUCUUGUCAGGGCUAGCCUGGUACCUGAUAUACCAACCAAGCAGCAACCUUAGGUGACGAACAUUGGAGCCAAUGUAGAAGUGUUAAAUACUGCAGUUCCCUGAGUGUCCACUAGAGGCAAGGAAGCCCUAUUAGAUCCCGUAUUGAAAUUAAACUCAACUCAACUUUAUUUAUAUAGCACCUUUCAUACAUAUAAACAUGCAGCCCAAAGUGCUUCACAGAAUAACAGAGAGACAGCAACAACAGCACUGGUAAAAUUAUAAAAGACAUGAUUAUAAAUAAAAUACUUAAAUAUCAAAUAAAAUCAACACAGUAAAAUGAAUAAAACAAGUCAGAGUGGAAAGAAAAGUUAGUGAGUUCAAAAACAAAAAUACAAUGAAUAAAUAGAUAAUUAAUUAAUUAAGAUAAAUAAAUGUUAAAGCAAAGUUUAAAAUAAUAAUGUAGUCCAGGGCUAAAAAUCAAUUUCUCCAAAUUAAAAAAGCUAGAUUAAAAAGGUAAGUGUUAAAGCUAGGGUUGGUAGUCACAGAAAACUAGCAUGAAUUUGAAUGUAGCAUUUCCUCAGGACUCCGUCUAACCCCCCCCCCCCCCCCUCCCCUUGGAGCUCCUCCAAAACGCCGCUGAUUCACGACCAUAUGAUGGUGACUGAUUCAAAACCGGUCCUCAACACAUGGUUUGUGUUUUGCACUACGUCAACUCAUGUCUCACUCAGCGGUAAGAAAACACCAAAACAUUCUCAUAGUGAAAGUUAAAAACACAAACAAACAUGAAAUGUACGCUCUGCAGGAGGCGGGCAGAACGGCAGGACAGGAUUUGAUUGGUUUCCUCAUUUGGCUCCUGAUGGCAGGGAUUGGUUGGUGUUUUCCCAGGUUUACUCCGGCUGUAGAUAGCAGGUUUUUUUACCUCUUUUUUAAGAACACAUUAUGUAUUGAUUACCAUCAGGACAUAAAGAUCAUUUUAACCAGUAUAACAAAAAUCUAAAUCUGACUACCAACCCCAGCUUUAAGUUUACUUUUAAAAAAGGUGCGGUAUAGUUUUUUACCAAGGAGACCAGUUAGCGCCUGUCUCUAGAUCAGGAGACAGUAAGUCAGAGUCAGCCUGUCCAAUAUUGCGACCACUAUUAUCUCUUCAGAAAUCGAUCAGUGAUGUUACAGAGACCACGUCCAUGUCUUUAUAUAGUCUUUGAUCUCAUUUCAGCUGAUUGUAACAAGGAAAUCAAAUAGAAAUAGUGAUGCUACUCUUUCAUACACAUGGUGAGUGUUUAUAAGCAGGCAGCCAGCUCGAGUAACAGUGUGAUAAACAAGUCACGCAGGAGCCUUUAGCUAAACUCAAGGCCAAAGUUCCUCCCCAGUUUGUUUAGUGUUAAAUUUAAAAGCCUCAUCAGGCCGUCCAGUCAGACCUCAGGGCUGUUAAAGCUGUGUGAUAUCGCUGCUCCUAAGAAGGGUUUGUUUAGAUCACAUUGUUAAUGUAAGUAAAUGAUAGUUUUAAAUAGGUAAUCAAUUAUGUCAUAGCAUUAAAGAAUAAACUAUGAUGUUGAAGUCUAUCAAAGCUGAUAACAAUCACUGAAACUGUUCUCUUGGCUCAUUUUGUGACCCGUAGAGAUUGGAGUCAGAAACGGCGCCAACGGGACACGGCGAUCACAGCGGUGUGUUAGUAUUUACUUCAGUGAGUGAGUGAGGAGUUCCUCUCAUCUGGGUUAAGAUCCAGUGCCUUUCCGCUCUGCCUUCUGAAGAGACUCUCAAGUAAUAACAUCACAUGCUGGUUAUUAUCAGUAUUUCACAAGUGCUACACUGUAAUUAGCAGUUAGAUGAAUGAUAUUUAAGCAAAUGUACAUACUUUGUGGUCAUGCUGUAAAGAGAAUUCUGUAUCCAUGUAUGUUUGUAUGUACUGUAUGUAUGUAUUUAUAUCUGAAACAUGUUGGACUCAGUUCAGUCCAAUGUGUCAUAGCAGGAAGGGGUUUUUGUUGUUAUCAUCUUUAUCGCAUUGAACAGAAGUGCAGCUGCUUGUUAAAAUUUCUUUGUAAAGUCUUUUUUCAAUAAAACUUGGAAAACAUGUUGA